UUCCGAGCAGACCCUGAACGCAACAACACUGUCCAUCGGCGGUGCCGAUUCUACAGAAAGUCGUCAAUCACUUCAUCAUAAGCAACACGAAUUAGAAGAACCGAGCAACAAUGAAUGUCUCUCACGAAAUUAAUUUGCUGGUGGAGGAGAUUCAGCGACUUGGCAGUAAAAAUGCUGACGGUCAAACCAGCGUGAAGUUUGGAGUGUUGUUUAAUGACGACCGUUGCGCCAAUAUCUUCGAAGCGUUGGUGGGCACCCUGAAGGCUGCCAAGAAGAAGAAGGUGAUCAACUUCCAGGGCGAGUUGCUUCUGCAGGGCGUUCACGACAACGUUGAUAUUGUCCUGCUCCAAGAAUGAGACAGAUUCUCGGAUUCUUGUGGACCAGAUGGCCUAGCAACUGCGGGUCUCACCGAAUCCUUCCAAACACUGAGCUUCUGUAGUGUACCGGCUUGUUGCUGAGCUUCUGUUUCCAGUCAUCUUCCUCCAUGUAUGAGGUUCAGUGUUUAAACUCAGAAUUCAAUGACCAAACAGAUUCGACCUAACAGUAUAUUAACGGACCCACCUGGCAUGGCAUGCAUAGGGUUUCAUUUAAUUUCAGUGUGCCAAAUUUGAGAAUGUUUUGGGGUUUUCAUGGGCUGACCAACAGCCACAAUCAUAGCUUCAGAUCACUAAGAAAAAGUGAUGUUUCUCUCUCUCUCUUUCUCAGGCGCUACCAUUUUAUCAAACACAGAUCUGAAAAGUCAUUUUGAUACACUCAUAAGACUACAGACACGCAAAUCAAGAAUGUAAGAGUUUGUGUAACGCUUUCAUUUGGGUAUUUUUUUGUUCAUUUUCAGGAAAAUUACAGUAUAGGGUAAUUAGCACAACCAAAUGCCUCUCUUGAUGGUAUCAGUGUCGUGACAGCAGACACGCAAGGCAAGAUACUGGUUAGAUUUAGCAGCUGUAACGGACUUCUUCUUCAAAGGUAUAAUUGGAUCUUUACAAAUUGUUUGUAUGAGAUACUUGUUUUUAAAGCUUCACUAGCUAAUUCUCCCUUUAUCAGCCUGAAGUGGCAGUGGGAUUUAUCUCGUUACCUGAAAAUCAUGUAUCGGAAUGAGUAUUUCUUUUUAAGCAUAUUAACCUAGUGCAGCUUUAAAAUCAUGUAUAGUGUGUGUCCACCAACAGUGUCACCAAAUGGCUCUUCCAUUUAUUUUUUAAAUGGGCCAUUUAUACUACCUCUUGUGGACUUUUUAAAAAGACGUUUGUUAGACCAGUGCUUUUUGGAAAUGCAAGAACAAUUCCUUCACAGAAACAGUGCAAGUGCAUUUUAAGAAAGACUUUUGCACCUUUUUGUACUCAUUGCAAUGUCCAAGAGUAGUUUCUAUUCCAUCUUUUUAUAAGUGGUCAAAAAUGAAUUUUCUCUGCUAAACAAACUCCAGAACUUGCCUUUCAUAAGAAAUAGUUGACGAGCAAACGGCGAAUGUAUUUCUCGUGCAGUUUUUAUUGAUGUGUCAUUACAGGGUGAUUGGUGCCAAAUGCAAAAGAUGGGAUUUGUAAUGAUUCUCAGGACCAAAUCAACACAACCAAAAUAUGUUAAAUAACUGUCCUAUAGCUUAAAUUAGGUGUCUUACUUGUGACACAAGAUGUGGAUUCAUAUUUGUUUUUAAAUUUUAUUUUAGCACUUUGUGUUCUGUACUGUAGGUCCAAUGAAACUUGCAGGUCGGGUAUGACCAAAUUAUCAUUGCUUCGUAUGGAGGCCCAAAGUGGUCAAAAUGAAAUAAAUAAAUAAGACAUUAUAAAAUAAUCAUAUCAAUUAACACAGGCAAUAUGUGUAAUCAAACAAGAAAGUGUGAAAUAGUCCAACGGAUUUCCUAAACUCUCAAACAAUUAUUUGCUUCUCACAGUGAUAAGAGGCAAGUUAUGAGCCUUGUGAACUGACUCCUGGACGCCUGGUCUGCAAGUUUUAUGAGGACCAUUUCACAUUCACUGCUGUUGCGUCAACCUAGCUAAAUCUUUUAGGUUCAGAUGUUGAUUGUUUGACAAAGUUUGACUUGAAAUAUUUUUUUCUAAAUGGUAUAAGAGACCGUUUACUUGCUACACGACUGUUCUCUUAACAGUGUUGGUCGCAUUCAUGGACCAAAAAUGUGCUGAUCGUAUUCUAAUUAAGAAAGAAACUGAAAUGCAUCCUGGAGGAGAAAAGAUCAGUCACGUUGAAAUGUAAUCCUCAUGAGUGAACUGAUGUGCUCAAUAGAAGUUGGUAAAAGUUGUGGAAAUAAUGGAGAAAAGCAAGAGUGAGGAAGAAACAUGCUGCUUGCAUCACUGUCAUUUUGGAUUUUAAGAUUAUCCUGCUGUUGUUGAACUCACUGCGUGUGUGUGUGUGUGUGUGUGUGUCUCUUGUGUGAGCUUCAGAUGGCUUUCAAAAUGUGCAAAUUACAAGUCAGGAUUUAGCAAGAGGAGAAAGUCAUGAUCAAAGCAGUGCCAAUACCUCGAGCCAUUUCUGUGAACUAGUGGGAUGCCUGCAUGAUGUGUUCAAGUGCGUCAUUACUGUCUUUUGUAUUGGCAAUAACACAUUCCUAAAGGAGCAGAGGAUUCUGUUACUGUGGAAUACACUCCGAAUAAUAAAAUCUUUACACUUGAAGCCUUCAA